CUCGCAGUUAAUUACCUACUUUUGUAUAUUAGUGAAUAAAUAUCAGAAUUCUGUAAAAUUUUAUUCAGACUGAGACUUAUUGUUGUUCUUGUAUUUUACACAUUUACUUAUGUAUUUUCAGUAUUUAAUUUUUGAUAUGGAAUUGCUAUAAGUUCUGAUCUUCUACUUCUACUGUUCUCUAUUUGUGUUCGAGCAAUUAUUGUGUGUCAUGUGAUUGUAUUUUCAAAAAGUACCGGCGAACUCUGUCUGUCUUCACUAUAAAAAUUAAAAGAAAUGGCAGAAAUUUCGUUAGUUUUUCAGGGGCAAGUCUUUAAAGCUAGAAAAGAUAUGCUUUGCCAACACAGUGACUAUUUCUCUGCUAUGUUCAGCGGUAGCUACGUGGAAAACGAGCAGAGAGAAGUUAGAAUUGAUGUUGUAGAUGCGAAUUCAAUGAAAAUUAUUCUAAAAUACAUGGAAGUUGGAAUAAUAGAUCUCUUUGAAUAUCCACUGAGUACUAUAGGUGAUAUAGCGGUUGCUGCAAAUUUCUUACAAAUCACUGAGCUCAUUAAACAAAUUGAAUAUAGUCUGGACUUGCAAUUGAGUAUACAAAAUUGGAUGGAAAUAAUGAGUAUAGCAGAAAACUCUUCAUACAUAAAACUACAACAACUGGCAUCUGCAUUUGGUUUGUUGUCAUUCAAAGAUAUGAAACCAGAGUAUAUUCCAUCAAUGCACAAAUUAUACUGGUACCUCUCUCAUCCAUAUUUAGAUGCGAGUAAUGAACUUGAUGUUUUCAACUUUGGUUUAGAGUGGAUAUCACACACGGAAACGGGUGCAGAUGCUCUGUUAAUUAUACUUUGUUGUUUAGACAUAGGACAAUUAACAACAAAUGAUUUGAAAAAGAUGAGAACACAGGUCAAAAGUUAUGUGAACAGUCUUGGUGCAAAAGUAAUUGAUUGUCUCCUAGAGUUGAGCAGUGGAGAUUAUGACUUGUGUCAGUCAGUUGUACUGAAUCAAAAGUUGGUCUUGUGUGAAAUGUUUACAGAACGGGUUUACAAUGAAGUUCUCAAUUUAGUUAAGGAGAGUAGAUCUCGCAUACUCAAUGUUGUACCAACAGUGCCUGUAUGGAUGGUUAAAGAGGCAAAACCAGAACAAAUACCACACAGUCUGUACACAUUUUUGGAUGGAAAAGGUUUUGAAAGAUGGUUGGAAGUGGCUGAGAAGAACUUGUGGGGUUGGAACACUGUAGCUUGGGGUUUGACGAAGUUGAUCAUAGUUUGUGGUGAACAUGGACGGGGUACAGGCAUGUUUAUGAAAGAUGUCAAAGUGUAUGACACUUUGAGGAAAGAAUGGACUAGGCAUGGUGUAGAGUUACCCCCAAGGCGGCAUGGGGGAGUUGCUGUAAUUGGGGAUUCUUUGUUCCUUGUAGGAGGUGUAGGUGGGUUUAGGGUAGUAUUGGAUACCGCAAUUGUAUAUGAUUUGAAGCAUAGAUCUUAUAGAAAAAUAGCAAAAUUGCCAGAUGCCAUACAAAGUCCUGCUGUGUGUUCACACAAUAAUAUGGUAUAUGCUGCAUGCCACAAAAACAUUUAUAGAUAUGAGGAAAAUGGCAAUACUGACAGUUGGGUUAAUGUAGUUGGUACUGAAAUAAGAAUGAGCCAUAUGAUAUCAUAUAAGGAUUAUAUUUAUUGUAUGCAAAACUAUUUCAGUCAGUUGUACAGGUUUAGACCAGGCAUAGACAAGAAACUGCAGUUGGUUGCUCAGUUUUGUAAUCCACCUGCAACUGCUUGCAAUCUAGGAAAUCGCCUCGUUUUCUUCACUAGGGCUAUGUGUGGAAAUUCCGACAUGCUUACAGUUGAAGAAUAUUCUGGCCAGAGUCCUGGUGAGAAGCCUAAAGUUAUUUGGUCUCAAUCAGAACCAGCUAUGAUUGUAAAUGAUGUAGCUGGGUCAUGUUCACUAGUUUUAUCUAUACCUCCAGUCAAUAUGGAUGUACCGUCAUACCAUAAACGCUAUCUAACAGGAUAUGACGCCUUAUAGUAUAUAUAAGGUGAAAGGAAUUAACAUGGAUCCUCAUAACGUUACUGUGUCUUCGCAUUUCAAAUUUUUAAAAUACAAUUGUUUAAUAACUCGUUCAAUUUCUUUUUUAUAAUAUACUAUCCUAUAU